AUGCAGCAGUGCAGUGCCCGCUCUGUUGGUAUUGGCGCGCGGCGCGCGACGGACCGUCGUGGUGUCAAUUGGCAUCUGGAAAUGGAGCUGGUUGGUUACCUGGCUUUGCUCGCGGCUGUGCUCUCGGGCGGCGACGCCGGCGGCCACGGGGGGAAACACCAUGAUCACGUGAAACUUCACAUGCCGGAAUUUAUUCAUCACGACCACCAUACGAAGGUGAUAACCAUUCACCACCACCACCAUAAGCCGAAGAAGGAACACCACCAUCAUCAUCACCACCACCACCAUCCGAAGCCUCAUAUACCUCACCAUCAUUACAAUCAACACCACCAUAAGACGACGCUUAAAACAACUACGGUAUCAAAAGGCCAUAAACAUCAUGGACACCACGGUCACCAUGGGCAUCACGGCCACCACGGUCACCAGAGCCACCACGGCCAUCACGGCCACACCCAUCAUCACGAUCUUCCGUCGAUCAGCUACGACCCGAUCCCCGUAUCGUUUGAAGACGACUUCAAGUCGUACUCGCCGUCGGUACCGGCCACGAUUCCCCACAACCCGCACGUCCACGGAGUCGUGCACACCGUUAAGCAAGUCAAGGUGUUCGAUUCGUUGCCCGGCGCCGUGCAGCCGAACGGCGGCUCCACUGGCUACGAGGUGACGGAAGAGGGGCACGACGGCGAGGAGGACGAAUUCACCUCCAUCAACACGAUACCUCAGACCUAUCCUGGCACAUACGGCUUCGUGAGGAGCGCCGCGCCGCAGCCCGCGGACCACUUCGGGGUCGCCCUCCAAAGUACCAUUCAGAGCAGCCACGACCCAUUCGCCGCUUCGCCCCAGCCAACCGCCUUCUCCAGCUUGGAGAGCUUCGGCGAUGGCGGUCAGGGCGAGGCCUUCGGCGGGGCGCCGGCGCAGGGCGUUUUGUCGAACGCGCACGCACCGCCCGAGUUCGCGUCGGCCCCCAUAAGCCCCGAGCCGUCGGGCUUCGAAGACCCGGGGAGCGCGUUUGUCGGAAACGACAUUGGCGGCACCGCCUUCCUCUCCGCUGAGGCACAGGACGACACCCCGGUUUCAUAUUCACGCGAGGCUGGCAUACAGCAAACUGUCAAAACGGGGGGCAUCGAGACUCUUGUGUAC